AUGGCUGAUCCAUCCACCAAGGGCUUCAAAUCCCUUCCCUCCUCCACUCCUUUACCAGCUCCAGUACCGAUCCUGUCUCCCAAUCGAUGGAAAACGUUUUGGUCCCUUCGCAUUCCCUUGAAUGCACGGAACACCUGGUACCGUGUUCUCCAUCACAAAAUCGCUACUGGUGAAACCCUUCAACGCCGCUUAAAAGUCCCUUAUGAUGCCACUUGUACCAUCUGUAGAUCAUCCAUGGAGACAACAGAACACUUUCUCUUCGCCUGUCCCAUUAAACGCUCCUUUUGGACCACUGCUCUCCGUACAUACAUGCCACCGCCCAUUAAUCAAAACAGUUACUCUAACUUUAGAAAAUUCCUACUCUUAGAACACUUCCCGUCUCGACAACAGCAUCCUCUUUUUCCCGACUUAUCUGUUCCCCAAGUAUUUGCCUGUAUGCUACACACCAUUUGGUACUAUCACUAUCAGCAUCUUUUUCAACACACUCCUUUCUUACCUUCUAUCCUUCUCUCCUACCUCCAAAAAUGCCUUUCCACCCUACAAUCCCAAGAAACCUUAGAUCAAGUUCUCUAA